GACCCUGGAUGUUGGCCUGGGGUGGGGGGGUUAUUUCGACUCUAGCAUUUGCUUCACACAGUUCAGUCUAACAUGAGACUGCAAAGGGUGAGGAUCCAAGUUUUCUCACAUUAAAGGUGCUAAAGGGGAAUCAAGCAAUCUGGGAUACCAUCAGACCAGUGGACCGAGGCCAAUAUGUUCAAGACCAGGUACCUGCACGAGGUCCGGAAGGAGAAAUAUGAGCGCUCAGAUGUCUUUGAUGAGGAAACUGAGGACGAUGAAACCUCUGCAGGCAUCUCAGCCAUCCAGGGCUGGGAGAGCCUUCAGGAGCUCAACAGCCGCUUCGCCCGGUACAUCAACAGGGCUCGGGUGCUGGAGCAGCGGAACGCCGUGUUCCGCAAGCAGCUGGAGACCCUGCAGCGGAUGGAGGAGGCCAGUGGCUUGGAGGAGGCCUUCACAGAGCAGAUUGAAAUCAACAGACAGCGAAUCAGAGAGCUGAGCUCCGACCACGGCAAGCUGGAGCGGGAGUUGAGGGAGGCUUGCCGCAUGCUGGAUGACUUUACCAACAAAUACAAAAAUGAAUGUGAAUACCAAGAGCGUCUCCGGGGCACUCUCGAACAUUUAAACAAGGAGGCCGACAGCGCUCUGUUAAAGAAUCUGGAGUACCAGAUCCAGUCUCAGUUCCUACAGGAUGACAUCAACUCCACCAGAGACAGACAUAAGAAGAACCUAGCAGAGAUCCAAACCUAUGUAAACAUUUUGCAGCAAAUCAACCAGACACUUCCCCUUGUUCCUAAUGUGUCAGCAGGCAUCUCUGAGGAGCAGGAGAAGCUGCUGGCCCAAAGGAAGGUACCAGGACUGCAGACUCAGCUGGAGGAGUACAAGAGCGCCCUCUGUCAGCUGAAGGUUCAGAAGCAACGUCUACAGAGUGAGACUGCAAUGCUGGAGCAAGCCAUAAAAAGCACACAAGAGAGUUAUGACGAUGAGAUCCAGGCAUACAAUGAGAAGAUUGACUCCAAACGGAAGGAGAUUGAAGAAGCUGAGAAGUCAUUGGAGAAGUACACCAGUGAAUGUCGCCACCUGGCUAUGUAUCAGACAUCUCUUGAGAAUGAGCUGGAGCGGUACAAGAGGAUCAUCGAGAAUGAAGAUAACAGGUUGAAUUCUGCCAUAAUUGGCACUCCCAUUACCCUGCUUACCACUAAUUACCGCUAUACUCACACACCCAGUGCAUCAAGCAGGGGUAAAGAUAUCACCCAGGCUAUCCAGGAUAUCACAAGCAUAAAGCCCAGACAGAAGAUACUGGCCAAAAAGGUCUUGAAGAAGAAAGAGCUGACCACAAAAGAUGUUAUAGACAAUGGUCAGGAGGAGAGACAUGUUGCAGAGGGUGAAGAUAAGGAACCAAAGGGUGUCUCAUCUGGGGAAGUGCAGGGGGACAAGGUGAAAACAGAAGAGCAGAGGCCUGUUCUCAGUGGAGUGUCUCCACAGGAUGUCCCAGAUGGAGCUCAGAUAAGCAAAGCCUUUGACACUCUUUGCAGCAUUGUCAGAGACAGAAUGAGAAAGUACAAGAGGCCUGAGCCAAUCGCUGACUUCUACACCAAAGGUCGCUACGUCCUUGUCACUGGCGAUGGAAGCUACUUGGAUCCCUGCUUCUACACAUCCACGCCGUCAGCUGGCCGGAUCUUUGUCACUAUCAGGGAUGGAAUGAUGUAUCCUUAUGAGCCUCAUGGACGUGGCACACCCCCUCCUCCUCCUCCACCCCCGCAGCCCAUGGUAGACCCCAGGCCUCUCAGUCCCACCUUGCCUCCUAAUGGGGAAGAUGACAUCGGUGAAAGAUCUAAAGAUGGAGGAGGAAAAGGCAAAUAUAAUAAUGGAGAGCCUUCUUCAAAAGAUCCAAACCCUGUUUCACCACCAUCUGACAAAAGCUCCCAAGAUCCUAUCCCUGGGAACAACAGGUCAAAGAAAAACAUUAACGACAAUGGCCCAACUCCAAAGCCAGCACCUCGUGGUGGCAGCAGUUCUAGUUCAGGUUCCAGUACCAGCACCACCAGCACCAGUAGCUUCACCCCAGACACCAUGAGCUAUGAAAAGGUGGAGGUGGUGGAGUCUUUGGAAAAGUUCUCUAAUGAUCGCAAAGUCAAAGGUUAUAAGGAAACUUCCAUGGUGAUGGAGACUAUGAUUGAAAAGUCGAGCAAAAAGAAACACUGAAACCACUCAUGAACUCCCGCCGGAUCCAACUUGGUUCUGGUCCUUAAAUUAGAAGGCAGUGUUGAUAAUGGUAUCAGAUUAACUAAAUGCAAUAUGACUAACACCAGUGUUUCAGGGAGAUCCUGCAAGACCAACUAAGCUCUGAUAUUUCUUUUGCCUGCAUCCAUUUGCUUGAAGUCUCUGCUCCGGAGUCCUGAAUGGAUUUCACUUGUGUUUGACUGGCAUCCUUCACCAAGCCCUUUACUGUCUGAAAACUUGGGACAAGAUUAAAAGCCUUAUGCCACCUGAAAAAAAUAGUGAAAAAUUAUGCCAAAAAGAUUAAGAAAUUGUGCCACCCUUUUGAUUUUCUCUCCUAGAACUCCAGGUUUCCCCCCUUUUUAGCUCAAUUCUUGAAUUGGAUUCCACUUUCUGCCCUCAGCACAAUUUUGCUGUGUAUUAAUUUGCUUUGAUAUAUAUUGAAUAAUAAAAGAUUAAAUCUCA